AUGAAGCAGCUACGAGCAACCCUCAAUGGACGGCACAGCUCUUUGGGCUUCCGCUGCGGGGCAAGCAAGCGGUCGGCCUGGAGGCUAGCGUGCGAAGUGUGGCGACGUCCUCCUGCCAGGGCCCCGAAGUUCCAGCAUUCUGGACAGCGCUGGGCAUGGAGAUCGAGUACACUGUGGAGCGUCGAGGAUGUGCAGUCACCCUCCAUGCCCCCAGAUCUGGGCUGGAGGUCCAGGUGGUGGUCUCGCAGCUGUACAGGGCUGGAGCCGACGAGGAGGGUGGUGAUGGGCAAGCGCCAAUCGUCCCCAAUCAUGUGCUGGUAG